ACGUUUUCAGCAGCAGCAGCAGCAGGAGCAGCAGCAGCAACCUCCUGUGUUUUUCCAGUUCAGGCUGCUUUAAACUUUAAUUUUUGUCCUUCACUUCUUGUCAUUGUUGGACUCCACUAUCCUUCAUCGGAGUAACACACGUUUAAAAUGAGCAUUGCAGAAGAAGAGUUGGUGUGAGCAGCAGCAGCAGCAGGAGGACAAUGAAUCCCCAUGAGUGGAAAGAUGCCAUUGAAAGACUGCAGAGACACCUGGAGCCAAAUCACCAGAGUGCUGUCAACAGCAGCGUGGGGAAUACCUCAACAUCUAGCAAUAACUGGAAUACUUACUGCGAUUACACAACAGGGUACGCUGUUGUUGAACCGCAUGGGAGCAAUGUGGGACGGAUGGACCCCAGUCCUCCCUCUCCUAACGUCUACAGGAAGGACUCAAAGCUGGAGGAGCGGGACGGAGAGGUAGUGGAGAUGAACGAGGAUGAAGAGCUGGCAAGAAAGAGGCAACAGCUCAGAGAAAUAGAGGAGCGAAUCAUACACAAAAAAGCCUCCAUUGCCUUGAAAACUGUUGGGCAGCUUGUGAAUAAGACAACAGCAGAUGUUUCCUGUGAAGGUGAAACACUGAGAGAUCGGGUGAAUGUGAUUCUGAGGCAGCGAUGUCCUCUCGGCUUCCUCUCAAAGGUCCAGUCAUGUAACGACAGAACAAGCUCAUCCAACCUGAGCAAAGAGGGUUUGCUGCAGGAACAGCAUCCCCUGAAGCUCAGAGUGAAGGCAGUAAUGAAGCAGAGAAACAGUGACGAUUGUAUUCUGCUGGCUAACAGAGAGGAGGCCCCUGAAGUCACUCUCCCUCCUCCCAGCCGAAGCCUCACAUCACCAGAAAAGGAGGAGAACAGCGUCAACAAGGGUUUCGAACGCUUCCUCAGCAUCCUGAACAAAGGAGUGGACAUCAACAUGCUCAGUAGGAUUGUCAAUGAUGACAGGGUGGACCUUCCUUUAGAGGGGGAGCUCCUGAAUAUUCAGUCCUCAGACAUGGAGAAAAAGUCAGAUCCAGCCUUUAGGAGUGAGAGCCAGCAGUCAAACAGUCGGACCAAUAGUUCAGAGACAAAAACUGACUCACUCACCGAAAGGCUCUCCUUACCUGAUGCAGAGGAGAAGAACAAUGACAAAAGACAUCACAGUUUGGGCUCUAGUAGUCGAUCAAAGUCUCCACCGGCAGCAAAGAAGAAGAAGAAAGAGGGAGAAGAGAAGCCAAAGGUGGAUGAGAAGCAGGCACAGUUGCAGCACAUUCUUAAAACUUUGGGUUUAAGCCUUGAAGUGGAAGAAAUGAGCAAACUAGCGGAUCGCACUCAGGAGAGGCUGUACGGGAAGAAGAUUGUAGACAGACAGAGUACUGACAGCAUGGGGGAGCAGGAAAGUCAGCAGAGGGGCUCCAACAGAGAUUCCUCCUCCUCCUCUUCUUCCUCUUCUUCUUCCUCCCGCUCAUCUUCCAGGUCAACCUCUCGGAGCUACAGUCGGAGCCCGUCGCCUCAUCAGCAACAUGAUGGCAGCCAUGUCAGUGAAGACGCACAGAAGGACAGGGAAAAAGAUGGAAUAAACUCCCAACAGAUGUCUACUUAUCAGCACCCCUAUACGCAAAACCAACUUUUUCCCCUCCCCCAGCCUGCUCCCUCUGCAUUUCCAGGUUACAGUCUGUUGCAGUAUUCCCAUUACACCAACAACCAGAGUGUCACCUACAGCGCUGCAGCAUAUCCGCGCUGGUCGCAGCCUCCCAUUCCUUACCCAAACUUUUCUGCCCCGAUAGUCCCUGUACGUGACACCACCUUCCAUCGCCAUCGCGAGCGUUGUCUUGAAAAUCUUAUCACAUUUGAGUAUCCAGACCUGGCCGAGAGCGAGGGUCAGGGCGAAUCGGCUUCUCGUCCUUGCUACCUGCAGGCCGUCAGAACUGUGCAGCCAAGCAAACAGCCUUGUCUGAAGCAUAUCAUCGGAUGCCCCAAGAAGAAAAGGAACAGGAAAAAGACUACAGAGAGCAAGAAGAAUCGAAGGGAGAGAAAGAGACUGAUUAAAAAGGAACGAGAACUGCAGGAGUCGGCACAGAAGGCCGAGGCUUCGCAGGGCGGCAAGGAUGACUCCAAAACCAAGCAGUCAAAUGAGGAGAAACAGAAGCCGACGGAGCAGGAAAUAAAGGCCAACCUGAGGAAAAGGCUUGAAGCAUUCAACCAGAACGUGAAGCGCUCCAGCCAGCUCCUUCAGUCCACAGUCAUGCAGCCAGCUAACUCCCUUGCGUCUGAGAAUGGUUGAAAGUUCUGUCUGUACUCUGAUUGGAAACUGUGGUGAGGCUGGGCAGAACAUGGACCUCAUGUUUCGGUAUUUAAACAGGUAGUUCAGUUCUCAAGGAUCACUUACAGUUUUAGUUAUGGUCUCUGCAUUUGUAGAUACAUACUCAACUGUUAAAAAUUUAAUUACAUCUUCAAAAAUAAUAUUUUUGUGCAAUUAAUUGCCAGUUUACAGGUCUACAUUUCUAUGAAUGUCACUACUUUGUAACUCUGUGCCUGUUUGGACUUUUUUUUCUGUUGUAUAAAUUUGUUUACGCGAAAUACAA